AUGCGCGCGUCCGAAGCGCUCCUCUGGACCUUUGGGACCUUGUCGUCCUUUGCGAGCGCAAUCGCUGGCACGACGCUCACCGACGAUGACCUACGCAAUAUUCCCUCGCCAGGGUCCGACUUUGACAUCAAGGACGGCAAACUGUUGGCGCCCAUCCUGAUCCCCCGCGUCCCCGGCACGCCAGGUCAGAUCAAAGCGCAGGCGCACCUGGUCGAGUUUUUCAAGGCCAAUCUGCCUGGAUGGGAGCAGAUCUGGCACAAUUCCACCUCGAAGACGCCGGCGACUGGUGAUCAGGACGUUCCCUUCAACAACCUCAUCUUCCGCCGGGACCCGCCGUGGGCCAAGGCUGGCGACAUCGGGCGCCUGACGCUGGUGGCACACUACGACAGCAAGCUGACGCCCGAGGGCUUCAUCGGGGCGACCGACAGCGCCGCGCCGUGCGCCAUGCUGCUGCACGCGGCACGGAGCCUGGACGUGGCGCUCGAGGCCAAGUGGAAGGCGAUGGAGGCCGACGGCGAGGCCGACACGUCGCUGGAGCCGGCGACGGGCCUGCAAAUCAUCUUUCUCGACGGCGAGGAGGCCUUUGCGCAGUGGACCGACGACGACUCGCUCUACGGCGCGCGCGCGCUCGCUGAGCACUGGGAGCAGGACUUUCACACCAGCGCGUCGACGUACCGGACGUCGCUGAGCGCCAUCAGCCUCUUUGUGCUGCUCGACCUGCUCGGCGCCGAGGGGCCGUCGAUUCCGUCGUACUUUAUGACGACGCACUGGGCGUACCGCAAGAUGGCGGUGCUGGAGAAGCGCCUGCGGGACCUGAGCCUGCUCGAGGCCAAGGCGCGCCGCCCCUUCCUGCCCGAGGCCGACAAGGCCGCGGACAAGUUUCGCGGCUUCGGCGCGGGCGUGGUGCAGGACGACCACGUGCCUUUCAUGCAGCGCGGCGUCGACAUCCUGCACCUGAUCCCGUCGCCGUUCCCGCACGUCUGGCACACGAUGGACGAUGACGGCGAGCACCUCCACAUGCCCACGACGCGCGACUGGGCCAAGAUUGUGACGGCCUUUGCGGCCGAGUGGCUGGAUCUGACGGGGAAGCUGCCGCAGCUGGCGCCGACCAAGAAUAAAAGAUCCAAGACGAAUACGGUACCUACAACGGAGCGGACAGAUUUGUGA